AUGGCAAUCCUUUUCCUUACUUAUUUUGUGAUUUUUAUAACAGCUCAAAUUCAAUGUCGGGAGCUUAUGAUUCGAAGAGCCUGCCAAACCGAUCCGACAUUUUCUUUCUGUCGUCAUCACACGAAAACUUCUGAAAUCCGAUCAGAAGCUCAAAAAAAGCGAGAUGUCUUCUUACAGUGGUCAUAUGUGGCAGCGAAAGAUGACCAGGAUAUAGAAGAUGUCGAUGAGUUGGAACCCACAAGAAAGAAUCAAUAUAGUGUUCCGGAUUACUGUACUCGAUAUGCUGAGAAUUUCAAAGCAUACUGUAUCAAUGGACAGUUGACAAAAUUAGAGGGGUUGCUGACUCAUUUUUGUGGAAGUUAUAUGAAAAAUUGUAAUGUGGCGGGCAAGGUCCAAAAAAUAACAGAAAACGGAAGACCGGAAAAAAUCUUUCCGACGUCGAAACCAUUGUUCUCGACGACCACAUCAAAACCAAACUAUUGCGAUGGAAUCUCUGAAAAAUACAAAAUGAAAUGCGAAAAAGAAGGAUUCCUGCCAAAGUUUUUCUGUAGAAAGUAUCUUGAGUUGUGCGGAAAACCGGAAAAAGUGGAUGCAGAUACCACGAAAAGCGUAGUCGAUGACGAUACGGAUUCAUUAGAAACUCCUGACGAGUUUGAGGAACACCAAAAAAGUCCGUCUGAAAAAGUAUCUCCAAAAGAAGACAAGGACUCAGUUUCGGAGGCACAAGAUGUUAGAAUCGAUGAAGUGACGGCAUAUUGCACUAAUUAUGUUGAAAAUUAUAACUUUUAUUGCGUUGGAGACAUGGAUCCAGAUCACGGAAAGUUUUGCGAUUCCUAUAGAAGAAACUGUCCGGAUCGAGUUUCGUAA